GAGAGCGAACCCGCUCCCUCGCCGCAGCCUUUGUCUUCCUCGUGCUCUACCCCUUGCAGGGCUUCGGGCCCGGGUUGUCUGCCUCUAGCAGCUCCCCCUCUUCGGCUGAUCUCAGUGCGAGCUUCCCUCCUGUGUCCCUCGCUGCUAUCAGCCUAGGCCGUGGCAUCGCUGACCCUACGGGUUUUCGUGUGCAACGAGCGUGGACUGCCGGACUUUGGGCCGGCGCGGUUCUGCAAGGCCGUGCCCGCACUGUUGCCCGCACUCCGCCCCUUGACUUGCGGAAUCGCCUCUACAUCAUUCUGCGUGCUCCGGGCCUUGACGGCCCCCACCUCUACAACAAUUUCGUCCGGAUCUACUGUGCCGGUGCUGGGGAUGGGUCGGUGGAGCUUCUCGAGCUCACUUGGCCGCCGGUGGCCCCAACCGACGACGAAGAAACUUUGAGGGCCUCGUGCCUAUGUUAUGCAGUCAUGCGGCGACCAGGAGGCUUCUUGCUUUGCCUCCCCACCGGCUUCAUCCCUGCCGACACCUUGCGGGCAGGGGAAGAUGCCAAUGCAAGCGAUCUGGUGGGCCUGUCAUCGGGGCUGUCUGUGCCCCCUAUCAGCCUCACCGAGGAUGGCGAGUGGGUGAGGCCUACCGACACUACCCCGGUCCCGGCUUUGAUUGUGGACUUCGCAGAUGCAGGCGCCGAGUGCCUUUCUCAGGCGGACACGCUCCUUACCGAUGCUGCCCCUUUCUCCUUGGACCGCCCCGGGAUUUUCCCUUUGGCAUCCGAUGUCUUGAGGCAGGCUCGGCUCUGGGCCGCCACAGGUGCUCACACAGAUCGUUCUGGCUAUCAAACCGCGGCGUCAGAACUUGCAGGCACCAGGCAGGCAAAGGCAAACCCGAAGCCGAAGCGACCUACAGUUGCACAGCUCGCCUCCCAACAAGAGGCCCUCUCCAAGGCCGUGGCCGGAAUCGCCGAGCAGCUGUCUUCUCUUCAGGUGUUGGGGGGGCCUGCCCCCACUCAGGCCCAGGAGGUGCCGGCCCCCGCAGCUGGCUCCCGCAGCCUACUUGCGGCUCCUGUCUCGAGCCACCUUGUGCAGCCACCGGUCGACCCGAGAGCGACCCUACCAGAGUUGCUGGGACCCCCGCCAAGGCUUCGGGCCCAUCGUCUGCAUCCAGCCGAGGAGGAGCCUACUGGUAUAGCCGAAGGUCUAGGCGACUUCCCUGUCCCGGCAGCGGCCUCCAGCUCCUCCCUUGCCGAAGCCAUGCUUUUGCAGUCCAAGGCCCUGAGUGCUUUGGUCUCCCAACUGGCGCAGGCCCAGGACCCGCUUGCCGUCGACCUCACUUCCACCACGGCCGGCCUCUCGACAAAGGGCACCUCAGCCAGGCAAAAGUUGCAAGCAGAGCUCUUCCUUCGAGACGGCUCGUUCGCAAAGCGCCUCAGACAGUCGGCUCUCCGACGGAUCUCCCCCACCAUGGCAGAGGGGACCGAGCCGGACCUUAUGACUCGUUACUUCGAGAGGUUCGGAGGAUAUGGAAGCCAAAAGCUUCUCGGUUUGAUCCAGUACCAGCUGGCCCAGGUGAGCGACCUUUUGGCCCAGGGCUCCACUGCGGGAGCCUCCGACCUUGUGGCCCAGCUCAUCAUUAUGGUCGACCAAGUAAACGCCGAUGGUGGCAAGCACGACCUGGCAUUUCUCUUCAGCCUGCAGCCGGAUCCACCAGCAGCGGUGUUCGUGAAUCACCCGUCGCUGCCGACGGCUGCCCUGCGGCCCUUCUCUCCUCUAGCCGAUGCCCGACUAGUCGCCUCUACCCUUGCGUACGUCAAGGAGAUCGAGACUCUGUCGAGCCGACGCCUCGAGUACGGGGGCCCACCAAAGAAACGCGGGGGCCCGCCUUCUCCCCCGAAGCUGCCUACGACCCCGCCCGGCGGUGCCGACCCAAGCGUAGAGCCCGCCCUGACGAAGAAGCAGUUGCGAGCAAAGGCUUGGGCAACACGGCGGGCUUCCGAGGGAAGCUGA